AUGCUUUAUAAUGGCCUGCAAAAAAAGAUUCUCUCCGCAGAUCUAAGCGACGCCUGUGAUGCAGCAUUCAAUACCACGAUUGACUGUCCUGAGAAUCUGAUUCAGCUUGUGACUUAUUCUAUUCAGAACGUUGGAUGGAACACCUCGUCGCUGCAGAGUCUCUGCACACCUAGCUGCAGAAGCUCACUCGAGGAUCUCGCGACGGCUGUGGAAGCCAGCUGUAACGUUCCAUUCUACGUGAAUAACGUCACCAUGACUUUUACCGAGUAUAUGGACUUUUUCCAGGACAAGUAUGAGCUUAUCUGUCUGGCUGAUGAAGAGACGGAUGAUUUCUGCUUGGAUGUUGAGGCCUCUUGGAAUAUCACAAAUAUGGUUCUGCUGGAUAAAGCAACCUGGCCAACUUAUACGAACAAAUGUUAUUACGACGUCUCGUACGGUGACUGGGAAUGGUUCUAUUUCGAAAAUGGAACUUGCUUGGAACCCUUCGACGAUUAUUUUCAAGAUGCAACCGAUGCAAAUGGCCUUAACCAGCUGGCAGCAUGGGACUACUACGUGGAUCGACCCCCAGCCAUUAAUGACGACAACUAUGGGUGGACUGAACCCCUGGAGUGGGACGAGUACCCAUUGGAAAUGCAAUGUUCAUCUUGCUUUUUGCAAAAGUUCAAGCAUGGAUUUGAGAGCUCAUGGGGUGAAAUCUGGGAGUACGUACAAACAUACCUGCUUGCACGUUAA